AUGAGCUUAAGUUUAAGAGAUGAACGAACGGAUUGGACAGAAACAACUGAGAAAUUUCAAAUUUUUGAGGUGGUCCUCGAAGAUUUGGCCAUACAGUUGAUGAAUGUGAUGCAACAAGAUCCACGUUAUGUACCGAAUCCACCGGGUGCUAUGCAGAUUGACUCACCGAAGGACGAAGAUGCUUGGGAGAUGCUUUCCUCAGUCAUGGACGUUUUCGAGCAGCAUAUGGAACAGAAAGAGGUCAGUGAAAGAGCCGCCGCCAUCUUAAAAAUCUCAUUCAUUCUAAACAAACUUAUGCGAAGAAAUCGCCUUGUUGAGUGA